AUGCCACCCAAGGCGGGCGGCAAGAAGAAGAGCAAGGCGGCGAAGAGCGUGACGAACAAGCGCCGCCGCGGCUUCAUCGACCCGGACCUGAAGGUCAGCAAGAAGCAACAGAAGAAGGACGAUGCCAAGUUCGUGAAGGCCAAGUUCGGCAACUUCUUCGACGGCAGGGAGGAGGACCGAAAGAAUCGGCGCGCGGCCGCCGCCGACGCUGGCGAUGGCUCCGACAGCGAUGGAAGCUACGUCUCGUCCGACGACGAGGACGCGCGCAACGCGCUCGGUCGUAAGCCCCCGAAGGUGCGCAAGAGACACUUCAAGACCUUCGCGGAGCGCGUCGGGGAGGUGGACGUCGACGUGCACAGGACCUCCGGCGAGCUGCGCACCGCGCCCCUCGACGGGUCGUCCAACUUUACGCACGAAACCUUGCUCAAGUGGGCCGAGCUCAACUGCGGCGCAGACUUUGGCGACUACUCGCGAGAGGUGAUGCAGCUGUGCCAGUCCCUGCCCCAGCUCGUGCUGCACCAGGACGCGGUGCUCGACGCCCUGCUGCGCCGGCUCACCAUGGGCGCGAGGCACUCGCUCGAGGCGCUGCUCGCGUGCCUAUCGGCGCUGGCCCGGGACCUCCGAGGAGAUUUUUUGAAGAGACUCGGCGACGUCACCGGCGCGCUGUCGCGGCUGCUGAUGGACGGGGCUGAGAGGGAACCGGAGCUGCUCGAGCACGUGUUCGCGUGUCUCGCGAGGGUGCUGAAGUGGCUGCAGCGGCAGCUCGCGGCGGACCUCCCGCUGGCGUUGCGACACACGCGGUCGCUGCGGCGGCACAGGUCGCGGCACGUCAGGCAGUUCGCCGCGCAGGCUGCGGCGUUUUUGCUGCGCGCGGCGCCGGACGCCGCCGUGGAGGACGGCGUCCGCGCGAUUCUCGCCGAGGCGACGUCCGAAGACACCACGGUCACGGUGGAGGCGGGGGCUUCGGCGGACGGCGACGGGGAGGAGGACGGCGACGGGGAGGAGGACGGCGAGGGAAAAAUUCCUCGGAGCGUCGUCGACGCUCGACCUCGAAGGUUUGAGGAACGGACCCGGGCGGCUACGAAGAAGGAGAUGCUGAACAACUCCGACGCGGCCGGUGCGCUGCUCGCGGAGGCCAUGAAGGGCGCCGCGCACGGGCUGCACUCGCGCGCGCCGCGUCUGCUCGCCCGAAUCCUCCGUCCACCCAAACUAGCGCCGACGGUGGGCGCUGGGGACGAAACCGACGGGACUAAACCCUUGGCCACCUCCUCCUCCGACGAGAGGCUGGCCAGGGCGUACACCGUGGCGGAGGGCGCGGUGGAUUCCCUCGCCAAGCACACGAGGCGCGGUAAGUGCGGGGUGAUGUGGGAGCACGUGCUGCGCGCGGCUCGACACGCGUGCGCCGACGCGGGAGGAGAGAAGCGCGGCGGGGAGGAGUACGAGGAGGAGGAGGAGGACGACGAAUCAGACUCGGACAAGGAACACGGCGAGGAUGGGGAAGACGACGCCGAAGAAGCGACGGAACGCGCGGCGAGGAGCCUCGGCGUCGUCGCCGCCGCCGUGGAGGUGUACAACGGCGCUCGCGUCGAAGACUACGAGCCGGUGUUUGACCUCAUCCGCCGGUCCGCGAUGCCCGCGCUGAAAACCGCCGCUAACGCCGGUGACGACGCCGCCGCCUCGCUCCUGGCGUCGCGCACCCACCGGCUGUGCCUCGCGUGCGUGGACGCGCACGACAAGGUGGCGGGCGCGUCCCGGGGACCCGACUCGAUCGCGAGAGCAGCCGGGGACUGGGGCGUCGCCCUGGCGCGAGCGCCGCCGGGUGAUUCCUACGCGUUUGUCUCGUCGCUGAGGAGCCGAGCGGUCGACGGGUCGCCCGCGGCGGCGGCGGCGCUCUCCGCGCUCCUUCCAGCCGCCGCGCCGACCAUCGCGCGGUUGCUCGACCUCGGAUGGUCGGCAUCCGGCGACGGUUCGUCAAAGGACGACUCCAAGGACUCGUCCCGUGUCGUCGACGCCGACGCCGCCGCGGCGCUCCUCGGCGACGUAUGCGACGUCCUAUCGCGUCUGGACGGCGGCGAGGGCGAGAUUGUCCUGCGCGCCGCGCCCGCAGCCGCCGCGAAGAUCGCCGCUCGAUGCGAGUCGUCGAACAAAAGAGGCGGGUCGGAAUCGGGUCAGACGCCGGCGAGGCGACGGUGGGCGCUCCUCCGCGCGUUACCGCACUGCGCCGCGCGCGACGGGGUUCGACGCGCGACGGCCGACGCCAUCGCGUGGGCGCUCGGGGCGAUGGGCGCCGACGCCGUCGACGGCUUACCGGCGGCGGAUGCGGGCUACGCGGCGGCUUCCUCCUCGGGCGACGCCGCCGCCGUCCUCGCCGCGGCGAUGGCCGCGAGAGCCGCGGCGGGCCCCGAGCCGCGAUCGGAGAACGUCGACGUUCGGAUCGCGGCGCGGGUGGGCGACCUCGAGGGCGAGUACCCCGCGGCGCUCGUCGCCGCGGCGGAUCUCCUCGCCGGGGCGUCCGAUCCGUCGGCGAUUGGUUCCUUCGGCGAAGCGGUGACCCGACACAGCCGGCGGCUCAAGUCCCCGAGCCGGCACCAGCGGGUGGGCGCGCUGCGUUACCUCUGCGCGGUGGCGGACGCGAGCGGGGAGUGCGACGCGGCGGACGCGCGCGCCGCCGGCGCCAACGACACGCCGAGAUCGCUCGCCGAGUGCCUGCACCGGUGGCUGAAGGUCAACGAGGUUGACGUGCACGACGUCACCGGCGGUCCCAACGUGAUGGAGUUUGCGAAAACCGCGCAGGUGUCGAUAGCGGCGAUGCGACGGGCGGUUGAACAGGAGGUGCUGGGUCCGGACGCGGCGGAGGCGCUCUCGACGUGUGCGCUCGGCGCGCUGCACAUCCGACUGGCGACGGUGUGGCCGGAGACGCACAAGCUGUUCGGCGCCCUCACCGAACGGAAGGAGUUUGAACCCGCGUGGACGGCUCUGUUCGAAGACUUGAAGUCGUAUCAGACGCGGUGCCUCGACGCGCACGACGCGGCGGCGAUCAACGCGGCGGCGCACGGGCGAAAGAAGGGCGAGUGGCACGACGACCGUCCCGGCGCCGCGCGGUUGGCGGGAGCGUCUGACGAGGCUGCGGAGGCGCUUCAGCGGCGGAUGGAACGCGAGACUUUCCCGACCGAGGCUGGCACCGAGCGGUGGCAGAGGCUCGGCUUGCUGCUUCGGUCGGUGGCGUCGUCCCCGGCGGCGGCGUCGCGUCACCCCGCGCCCCUCGCAUCGCUUUUCCUCGCGUACAACGCGCCGAAACCCGACGGGUCGACUCGAGCCGGAAAGGCGUGGCGCGGGGGUUUGCGCGAGUGGCUCAAGGUUGUCAAGGACGGCCUCUCGGGCGGCAAGGCUGUGCGUGCGAUGGCCGGCACGGGAGACGGCGUGCGGGCCAUCCUCGAGCGGUGCGUCGGCGCGGAUGAGCCGGACCUCGCGACGCUCGCGGUGCGGUGCCUCGGCCAGUGGCGCCUGCCGCACUUGACCCCGGACAUCGCCGACCGACUCGCCAGGGUGACCGAUCCGAACACGAUGAAGGACGAGUUGAUCGCGUUGCGCGUCGAACCGGGGGAGAGCGAGGAUCAGCGGGCCGUCGUCGACCCGGAAAACAGACCCGCGUUCGCCGCGUUGGUCGUGCGAUGUUUGCUGCCGCGGCUGAAGCGACGAACGGGGAGGUUCGCGCCUCACCGCGUCGCGGCGUUGCGUUGGAUCAGUCGACUGGACCCGCCGGAGAUUGUGCCGCUGAUUCACUCGGUCAUCUCCCCGAUGGAGCCGCGUCACGGUCGCGUGGACGGCGCCGUCGUUCCGACGAUUGGAACCCCGUGGCUCGACGCGCUGGUCGUGACGGCGAGCGGACACGGCGGGGAGGAGAUGGCGACGACGUGGCUCGGAAUGGCGAGGGAGGCGAAGGUUGCCGGGCUGGUCGGGUCGGGGAGUAAGGUUCCCUCCGGUUUUCUUCGCGCCGCGGGUGACUUGUUGAAGGUGAUGGCGGAACACACGAAGGCUUACCUGCACCCGCUGCUGGCCAUGACGGUGGAGAUGCUCGCCGCGAGCUCGGAUAUUUGCGAAUCCGCCGCGAGGGCGCGCGAGGCGAGGCUGAACGAACCCGACCCCGCGGUCGACGACGACGACGUCGACGAGGAUGACGACGUCAACGGCGAGGACGAGGAGGACGCGAACGAUGCGCGAAGAGCGCUCGCGCCCGGGCAGGCGCACAGGGACGCGAGGGAGGUUCGGUCGCUCGCCGUCCGCUUCCUCGGCGCUCUCUUCCAGCGCCACCCGGAUUUCGACUAUUCGCCCUAUUGGGACGCGAUGCUGUCCGCGGUGAAACCCAUGGCGGAACGAAUGGCUGCCGAAUCCGCGGCGUCGCAUCCCCCACCCGCGCUCUCCAUCGUCGCCGCGCUCGCCGAGGACGACGACCUCGCGCCGCUGCUCGAACGCGCCGACGCGAUUUCUCUCCUCCCGCAGCUGUGGCGCGCCCUGGGAGCACCCUUCGCGUCCCCCGCCACGCGAGCCGCCGCCCUCUCCACCGCCGAAUCCCUCAUCGAACGCGCGGAGGAGGCCAAGUUUAAGGCGCACGGCACGCACGAUGGAGACGGCGACGGGAAAGGAGGAGGAGAAGCGGUCGAACGCGAACACGUCGCGUCACGUCUCCUUCGCGCGCACGCCCCUUCGCUGCUUGACGCGCUCCAGGCUGCGCUCGCCGCUCGAGCCGCCAGGGGUCGACGCGCGCAAACCCCGGGGUCGAAGAUCGCCGCCGCGACGGAGAAGGGCGCCGCUCGCAACGCGGGCGUCUCCGCCGGGGCGUCCGGCAGGGAACUCGCCGUGCUGAAACGCCUCGGGCCGCUUCUCGGCCGCGCGGCGGCGUCUGCGGCCAUCGCGGAUACGCUCGUGCCGGUGCUCGCCCUGAAACGGCUGGACGAAUCCGCCGCCGCGGAGGUGCUCGGCGCGCUCGCCGCGGUGAUCCCCCCGAGGAGCGACGAGAUGUCGCGGGAGGACGCGACGGCGGCGACGGCGGCGGCGGCGCGGCAUCGCUCCGCUCUCGCGCCCCUCUUUGGCCGAUUGCGGUCGAGGACGGCUCGUCGGGCGCUGUGCAACGCGUGGAGCGCCGUCGCCGUGCACGACGAGGCGGCGGACGCGUGCGCGGGGAUACUCCAAGGGUUCCACGCGGACGCGAGGGACUCGAUCGACGGCGUCGACUACGACGCGAGGCUUGGCGCAUACGACGAGUGCACCGCGGAGUGGUUCUUCGGAGUGCCUUCCGCGUCGGUUGUUCCGGUGCUGAAUCACGUGAUUCACGAGUUGCGGGGACAGGAUAUGGCGCUGAGACACGCGGCGGCGGCGGCGCUGGGGAGGUUCCUCGACGCGGCGGUUCGAUCGGGCGGGACGGGCGACGCACCCAUGAAGGUCGUCGACGAUGACGAUGAUGAUGAUGAUGAUGAUGUCGACGACGACGACGACGACGCCGAUGAGGCUGAAGAGGCGGCGGGCGAGGAUGACGAGGACGCGGCGGCGGGCGGCGACGACGGCGAUGACUUCGAUCCGGUCGCGGGCAUGUCUACCGCGGCGGAGCGCGCCGCGGCGGCCGCGAGGGCGUCCGAGGCGUCGCUCGCCGGCGCCGUCGCCGGCGUAUUGGCGCCGGGCAUCCGCGGUUUGCUCCGAUCUCCCGAGGCGACGACGAGGCAGGAGGCGAUAGCCGCGUUCAGGCGCCUCGCGCUGUCUUGGCCGUCCGCGGCGCCCGGCGCGGCGAAGCUCGCGGACGACGCGGACAAUGGCGACCAAGACUUCUUCGCAAACAUGGGCCACCUGCAGGCGCACCGGCGGUGCCGGGCGCUGCGAAAGAUGGCCAAGGCUUGCGAGGAUGGGACGAUUCCGUUUGCGACGAUUAACGGGUAUCUCGCGCCGCUGGCGGUGGCGUCCUUGGGCGACGGCGGCGCCGACGUGGCGUCUACCGCGGCCGCCGCGAUCGGGUCGCUCGCGUCGGCGCUCCCGUGGGCGUCCUACCGCGACCUUCUGCUGUGGAUGCUGCGCAAGGCUGGCGGCAACCGCGCGGCGAGGCGGGGGUUCAACGUCGAGGGCAGCAAGGCGCUUCACAUCCGCGCCGCGGCGACGGUGCUCGAGAGCUUCCACGAGUUUGAAGACGAGGCGGAGGGCGAGGAGGCCACGAACGUGGUGUGUAAGCCCAUCCACCCCGCCGUCGUCGCCACGCUUCGCGCCGAUAUCCUCCCCCACCUGGAGAAACUCACCGUCGUCGAGGACAAGGAGGGUAAGGGUGGCACGGUUCGGCCCGCCGCCUCCGCCGCCGUCGUCUCGUUGCUGAGACUCCUCCCGGAGCAGGACCUCGACGCGGACAUCGGCCGCGUGCUGGGCAAGAUCGCCAACUGUCUCCGCUCGCGCGCGCAGGGCGUGAGGGACAGCGCGCGCGCCGCGCUGGCCGCCGCCGCCAAAGGCCUCGGGUGCAGAACCCUACCCCAAGUCGUCCAACUCCUUUCCAACCGGUUGGACCGAGGUUUCAUGACGCACGUGUUGGGCGCGACGCUGUUCUCGCUGGUGGACGCCUGCGUGCACGGCGCGGCACCGGACGACGUGGAGACGGCGCUGGACGAGAUCGUUCCCCUCCUCGACGCCGACAUCUUCGGCAGAGCCGCCGAGGAGCGAAACGUAGACGCCAUUCGCGGCGCGUACCAGGAGGCGAAGCGGUGCCGAUCGCACGAGGUUCUCACGAUCUUAGCGGCGAACGCCCCGUGCCCGCGGUCGCUUCCCGCGCUGCUGUCGCCGGUGACGCGCAGGCUGCACGCGGCGGACGCGCCGAGCCUGAAGCGCCAGCUCGAGGCGUGCCUGACCUCGGUGCAGAAGGGUUUGCUGAAUAACCCGCACGCGAGCCCUGAGGAGACGUUGGUGCUUGUGCACUCGGUCGUGAACGACGGUAUCAGUCAGGAGGAGCGACAGGCGGAGUACGACGAGGCCGUGGCGCAGGGUCACCUGGAAGUCGACACGUACACGCUCGGCAUGAAGCAAAGGGGCGAGAAAGAGAUGGGUAACAGGGUCUGGGAGAACGGAUGGUACCUCAUCAAGCUCCCUGCCGCCGGGUCCGACAAGUAUCUAAAGGAAGACAAGGGACCGGAGGCCGGCGACAGGUACAAGAAGGCGAAAUACGGCGGAGACUCCGACGACGAUGCCCCGCCGGAGGAGGAAUCAGCCGGCGGCAAAUCGAAGAAGAAGGUCGGCGUCGCGGCCGUCAUCGCCCACGCUAGGAGCGACGAGGAGGUUCCUCCGAACUUCGAUCUGUUGGUCACGUUCGCGCUCGGACUGCUCCGCGCGCUGCUUCGCAAGAUGUCCGGCGAGAAGGGCGUCGGCGGCGGCGGCGCGGCGUUGGGUGAGAGGCGAGAAGCGAUUCUCGAGGGCGUUGUCCCUCUCGCGGUUCGCGCGCUGUCGUCGAAGCGCUCGUCCAUCCCGCCGCUCGCGGUGCGCUGCCUCGCGCAGCUGUCCACCAUGAAACUCGCCGCGUUCGACUCGUCGACGGGAGCGUUGGCUCGUCGUAUCAUGGCUCUUUUGCGCGAAUGCAAUUCGCCCAACCAGCAACUGGCGCAGGAUUGCCUCAAGCUCCUCAACAACCUGUUGAAGCGCCACGCGGCGUUUACGCCCACGGAUGCUCAGUUCAGGUUCAUCAUCACCUUCGCUUUCGGAGAUUUAGAGGGGGACCACAGGGAGGAACAACGAUCGACAACCUUUUCGCUGAUGCGCGCGGUGCUCGCGAGGAGGCCGCUUCUUCCCGAGGUGUACGACUGCAUGAAGACGGUUUCCAGUUUAGUCGUCAGAGCCAACGCCAAGGAUGUCCGCGAGCUGUGCGCGCAGGCGUUGGUACAGUUCCUGUUGGACUAUCCGCUCGGCGAGAGGAGACUUCAGCAGCACCUCGAGGCGCUCGCCGCCAACCUGGAGUAUCAGCACGCCUCCGGGAGACUGAGCGCCAUGAACUGCCUCAGGGACGUCGUCUCGAGAUUUCCCGCGGAGGCUGUCGAGGCGCAGGCCACGUUCCUCUUCGUCCCCAUGGUCGCGAGACUGGGCGCGGACGAGGACGCCAACUGCAGGCGCGCCGCGGGCGAGGCGCUCACGGCGCUGCUCAAGCGCGUCGCCGGCACGAGCGCGGGUCGUAAGCUCCUCGCCCUCGCCGUCGGCUGGUGCGCGAGGAGCUCUUACUCGACCGUUUCGUCCACCACCGCCGCGACGGCUGACCCGCGGUUGCGACGAGCCGCGAUGCAGACGCUCGGACUCGCCGUCACCGCCGCGCCGAGGGAAGCGGCGCGCGCGGUGGCGACGGCGCGACCCCACGUCGCGUCCGCGCUGCACGAGCACGACCCGGAGAACGGCGGCGACGAGGACGACGACGACGACACCGUUCGCGGUUGGCAGACGGCGUAUUACGCGUUGCUCCUCGUGGAAAAAACGGCUGCGAGAUGCCCGGAGGCUCUGACGUCCGUAACGCCCGUAACGCCAGACGACGACGACGACCGGGUCGCGUCCGACGCCGUGACCGGCCCCGCCGGUCGGUUCGACGCCCCGGACGCCGUCUGGUCGGGCGCGCAGGCGCUGCUGCUGCACCGGCACCAGUGGGUGCAACACGCGGCGUCUCGAGUCGUCGGGCACAGGCUCGCGACGGAGGGCCGCGCGAUGGCGUCGGCGCUCGCGGCGGGUAAGGCGGAGGACGGGCCGCUGCGGCUGGAGCGCGUCGCGCGUUCGUGCGUCGCGGUGCUGGAACAGGGCACCGGCGCCGGCGCCGUCGAGUUGGACGCCGGGCUCGCGGAACAGACGGUGAAGAACCUGACGUUCGCCACCGUCGUCCUCUUGCAAACAGCCGCCGCAUCGGAGUACGAAUCGGAAGACGGAUCGGAAGACGGAUCGGAAGACGACGACGACGACGCGGAGAAGGUGCCGAGCGACGCGAAGGGCGAGAAGGAGGACGCGAAUGGCGAGAAGGAUGACGCGAGUCAACGGCCGCCGUACCCGUGGCUGUUCCGAAGGAUGGGCAAGGUUGGCGCGGGCGGCGUGGGCGCGGCGAGAGCGGCUUCGCUCCGGUGGUGCGCCGCCGUCGCCGCGUCGCUCGGCGCCGAAGGUUUCAAGGCGAAGCCCGCGUGCGCGGCGCCCCUGCUCCUUCCCGCGGUGCUGUGCGCGGACGACGCGGUCGUGGGCGUGGCGGAGGAGCACAGGGAACUGGCGCGGGAGGCGUUGGAGGUGAUGCGUUCUAACCUUCCCGCGGGUGCGUUUGGCGUCGCGUACGCCACUGUUCAAAAGCGCAUAGCGGGACGGCGGGAGCGGAGACGGAAGAUGAAGGCGUUGGAGGCUGUGACGGACCCGGAGAAGGCGGCGCGGGCGAGGCUGGCCAAGGCGGAGAAGAGAACCGCGGCGAGGAAACGUAAGAUUCAGGAGUACCGCGCGGGCAAGGGUUCUUCUCAGAGCACGAAGAAGCGCGCGCGAGAGGUGUGA